CUAGCCUCUACUCAGCGGCGUGCGGCGACAUGCGCUCGCCGGCCGAUAUCCGGAUCAAUUAGUCAAGCCGCAACCUUCUCGACAUUUUUUUUUUUUCGGGGUGGGGGGAAACAAGUUCCCGUCUCCAUGCGUCCCGCCCCCCCCUGCACAUGACUGGAGGAUGGGUAGGGGUUGCGGGGUGGAAGGGGGUGAUUGACAGAUGGGAAGGAAUAAUAAUUUUUUUUUCGUAACCUAAGGCCCAUCUCCUGCGAUUGGCUUGCCAGCUGACAUCUCCAGACCCCCCCACCCCCACCCCCCACCUCCUCCUCCCCUCCCUCCCAUUUAAUAUUGGGCCUGUGGAUGAGGCAUCCCGAGGGAGGAAAAAGUGCAGCGGGAGAAGACAUCUACCUUUGGGAAAGAAGAAGGAGAAGAAGAGAGGGAGGGAAGGAAGCGAGCGGAGGAGUGUCACUCACUUUUCUUUUCUGGCAGCCACCGGGAGCCCACAACACUUCCCUGGUCCGGACGCAAACAACAGGACGCCUCUUCUUCUUCUUCUUCUUCUGGACAUUUUCAAUUGAAUCCCCCCCCCCCCCCCCCCCUGCCGCCUCAAAAUCUGUGGGAAAGUGGAGCUUCCCUGCGUCGGAGCUUCCAAGCAGGCUGGCCUCAUGGAUUUGUACCUGAUUGGAUAUUUGCUGUGCGUGCGGCUGUGCGGCUCGCGGGUGCUCGGAGGCUAUCCCAUCUGGUGGUCGCUGGCCCUGGGGCAGCAGUACUCAUCGUUGGGCUCGCGACCCAUCCUGUGCAGCUCCAUCCCGGGCCUGGUGCCCAAGCAGCUGGGCUUCUGCCGCAACUCCAUCGAGAUCAUGCCCAGCGUGGCCGAGGGAGUCAAACUGGGCAUCCAGGAGUGCCAGCACCAGUUCCGCGGCCGGCGCUGGAACUGCACCACCAUCAAAGACAACCUCGCCAUCUUCGGCCCCGUGCUGGAUAAAGCAACCAGAGAGUCAGCGUUUGUCCACGCCAUCGCCUCGGCCGGCGUCGCCUUCGCCGUGACGCGCUCCUGCGCCGAGGGUACGUCCACCACGUGCAGCUGCGACUCCCACCACAAGGGACCGCCCGGGGAGGGCUGGAAGUGGGGCGGCUGCAGCGAGGACGCCGAGUUCGGGGUGAUGGUGUCCCGAAACUUUGCGGACGCCCGGGAGACCCGACCGGACGCCCGCUCGGCCAUGAACCGGCACAACAACGAAGCGGGACGCACGACCAUCCUGGACCACAUGCAUCUGCGCUGCAAGUGUCACGGCCUGUCGGGGAGCUGCGAGGUGAAGACGUGCUGGUGGGCCCAGCCCGACUUCCGCAUGCUGGGCGACUACCUGAAGGACAAGUACGACAGCGCCUCCGAGAUGGUGGUGGAGAGGCACCGGGAGUCCCGCGGCUGGGUGGAGACCCUGCGCGUCAAGUACCCCUUCUUCAAGCACCCCACCGAGCGCGACCUGGUCUACUACGAGGGCUCGCCCAACUUCUGCGAGCCCAACCAGGAGACGGGCUCCUUCGGGACGCGGGACCGCGCCUGCAACGUGUCGUCGCACGGCAUCGAGGGCUGCGACCUGCUCUGCUGCGGCCGCGGCCACAACACCCGGACUGAGAAGCGCAAAGAGAAGUGCCACUGCAUCUUCCACUGGUGCUGCUACGUCAGCUGCCAGGAGUGCCUGCGCGUUUAUGACGUGCACACGUGCAAGUGAACAGAGUGGGGGGUGGGGGUUCGGGGGGGCGGGCAGACUGGACUGCGAGCGCCGCCCCGACCUUUCACAUCCCUGCACGCCGUCCCCCUCUACGGCGCACACAGCCCGUCGCGCUCCGUCACCCAACUGACCUGGUGGACAGCUUCUGACCCCCACCCCACCUCCCCCAUUGUCUUUAUUUAUUUCCCCUCUGUGCCGACCACAUGUACAGUAACACACAAAUGCAGUCAAAACAAACGCAACUAUUUGCUUUGGAAUUUUAAGAAAAGUAGCUAACUCCUCACGUGUCCAGCCGCCGACGGCUGCCUUCCUUGUUACCCCUAAAGAAGUUCGGGGUGUUGUACUUUAAGGUGAAAUUUCAGGAUGAACCUAAAAUGCACUCAAAAGCUCGACAGGUGACGGCAACCGUUCAAUGUUUCGGUCCCGUUUGCGCAACUUGCUCUACGUCAACAACAAUCCGAAUGUCAAUGACUCUGUGAUCAUCCGGGCUCAUCUUCCACUCAAAAGCUGUGCUGAUCUCAAAUCCAAAGCGAUGCCGUGAUCUUCGAGCUACUCUGGUGAUUCACAAACGGGAAUUUCAAAGACAAGCUGGGCGUUCAAUAAUCAAUCUGCAAAUGUCAAGCACCUGUUUAGCUCCUUGUCGAACAACAGCAAAAUACCGAGCCAUUAAAAAAAAACGGGCAUGAAAGAUUUCAAACAGUGCAUUUUACGUUCAUGGGGAAAAUUCACCUGAAAGCCACUUUUACACAAUUACUUGUUGUGAGUAGUGUAAAAUGAUUGCUUUGAAAACUAAAUCAACCUCUACAAAAAAAGCAAACAAAAAAAAAAACAAGUGACUUGAGCGGGUGGCCUGGGAAGCGGGUCUCAUUGCGUAAACUACUGAACCGGACUGCGGGUCUUCAAACUACUGAGCGGACGAGAGACGCCGGGGCGGCCCGAUUUUUUACGGCCACCGCAUCGCUGACACAGUGACAUUGGGCCGGGACGGACGGCGGCUAUGCGGGAGGGAGCAUGUGUGCUAACAGCCAAGCUCAUUCUAUGCGCUACAUUUCAGCCAAACGUUGCUAAACUCCGCUCUGGAAGGAAUCGCAAAAAAAGAAAAUUUGAAAAUUUCUUUUUCAGUUGCUAACGGAGCAGCGCUGCGACUGGAGCAAACGGAGUGGCGCGCUCAAGUCAAGCUCCAGCACGCUUCGUUUUGCACAAAGCAGGCGGAAAGAUAUUUGGCGAGCGCUCGGCGGCUAUCAGAUUGGUUUUUGCCAAAACACGGCAAUUUCAGAAACUUUUGCCUGGUUGGGGCGUGACUCCAUUCACACCGUGGAUCCAUCAAGUCUCAAAUUUAUCCCAGAAGAAAUACGCUGCUUUCAUCACAUUUGUUCGACAGCUCUCAAGGAAAAAAAAAAAAAGCAUUUUAGCUUUGUUGUUCAUGAUAAAAGAAGGGGCAGGGGGGCACUGAAGAUCCUUCUGGAAAUUCGGCCACAAAAAUGCAAAAGCACAAAUGUGUGGGGGAUGAGGCACAAAAUGGCGGAGGUGAGUGAGGGAGGGUCUUUUGGCAAGAGGGGGGGGGGGCGGGGUGGACCUGUAAGGUUCGCACACAUGGUGGAGCAAAUGUAGCUGACGCAUGCGCUCGCUUAGCUUAGCACCCCCCCCCCCAAACGGGGUUCCUGUUCCUGGCCCUCCCCCCACCCGCUAUAUCCAAAGUUUUGUACAAAUGGUGUAAAAGUGAAUAAUUCCCUUUUGAUUUUAUAAUCGUAAAUGUUCUGUUUUUCUAAAUAUUAUUUAUUAUACAUUGUAUAGAUAUAUUAUAUAUAUGUGUAUGACUGAACCAAGAUUAUAUAUUUGAACAACAACAACAACAAUGUCUUGGCUAUUUUGCUUCAGCGAUGCAUCACACUACCUCUUAUGCUGUACUAAAAAAAAGCAGAAGUAUAGAUCAUUUUGUGGAUUAAAAAAAAAAGCAGUAGCACUGAUUCACUCCUUUUUAGUCAGACGAUUAAUUUAUUCAUAAAAUAAAAAGGCGAGUAACCAGCAUAAGACAGUGAGGUGUGCGGAAUGAUCAGGAGCACGAGUGUUUGUUUUUUU